AUGCAUCAGUCGUGCCCCACAGCAUGCAUCAGUCGUGCCCCACAGCAUGCAUCAGUCGUGCCCCACAGCAUGCAUCAGUCGUGCCCCACAGCAUGCAUCAGUCGUGCCCCACAGCAUGCAUCAGUCGUGCCCCACAGCAUGCAUCAGUCGUGCCCCACAGCAUGCAUCAGUCGUGCCCCACAGCAUGCAUCAGUCGUGCCCCACAGCAUGCAUCAGUCGUGCCCCACAGCAUGCAUCAGUCGUGCCCCACAGCAUGGUCUUCCUGGCAGCGAGUCCUUAGUAAUUGUUAAUACUGCAGCUAUUAUUGCUGGUAAUGAUACUGCUACUUAUACUGCUACUUACACUGCUAUAAAUACUGCAAUUAUUACUACUAAUACUUAUACUGCAGCUAUUGUUACUGCUACUUAUACUGCAGCUAUUGUUACUGCUACUUAUACUGCUGCUAUUAUUACUGCUACUUAUACUGCAGCUAUUGUUACUGUUACUUAUACUGCAGCUAUUGUUACUGUUACUUAUACUGCAGCUAUUGUUACUGUUACUUAUACUGCAGCUAUUGUUACUGCUACUUAUACUGCUGCUAUUAUUACUGCUACUUAUACUGCAGCUAUUGUUACUGCUACUUAUACUACAGCUAUUUUUACUGUUACUUAUACUGCAGCUAUUACUUCGGCUACUUAUACUGCAGCUAUUGUUACUGCUAAUUAUACUGCAGCUAUUGUUACUGCUACUUAUACUGCUGCUAUUAUUACUGCUACUUAUACUGCAGCUAUUGUUACUGCUACUUAUACUGCAGCUAUUUUUACUGUUACUUAUACUGCAGCUAUUACUUCGGCUACUUAUACUGCAGCUAUUACUUCGGCUACUUAUACUGCAGCUAUUGUUACUGCUAAUUAUACUGCAGCUAUUGUUACUACUACUUAUACUGCAGCUAUUUUUACUGUUACUUAUACUGCAGCUAUUAUUACUGCUACUUAUACUGCAGCUAUUGUUACUGCUACUUAUACUCCAGCUAUUUUUACUGUUACUUAUACUGCAGCUAUUGUUACUGCUACUUAUACUGCAGCUAUUGUUACUGCUACUUAUACUGCAGCUAUUACUUCGGCUACUUAUACUGCAGCUAUUGUUACUGCUACUUAUACUGCAGCUAAUGGUACUGCUACUUAUACUGCAGCUAUUGUUACUGUUACUUAUACUGCAGCUAUUGUUAACGCUACUUAUACUGCAGCUAUUGUUACUGUUACUUAUACUGCAGCUAUUGUUACUGUUACUUAUACUGCAGCUAUUAUUAUGGGCCGAGAGUUUGGUUAUAUCACAGAUUAUGGGCCGAGAGUUUGGUUUUAUCACAGAUUAUGGGCCGAGAGUUUGGUAAUAUAUCAGAUUAUGGGCCGAGAGUUUGGUUAUAUCACAGAUUAUGGGCCGAGAGCUCACCUCAAAGUGAUCGGUGAACUCCUUGCAGCAGUUCCCUAUAAUGCUGGAACUUGGUGA